CUCGUCCUCUCGUCUCCACGUCACGACCGACUGCGAUGGUUGCGACGGAGCCCCAGCCAAGUCUGCGCCAGCGACGAAAGGAGCAGCGUACACCCUCGGACGAGACGAUCACGAGCAAUGUCGAGGAGGAUCUGCCGAAGCGCGAUGAGGUCGUGUGGGGAAAGACGCCUGGCGGAGAAGUGUUCAGGGUGCCCACCACUCAUGAUGUCCUGACGCUAUUCCACCCCGGAUACCCUAAAUCUCACAUCGAUCUGUUCAAUCUCGCUCUGCUGGGUCUACAGAUCGUCUUGUACUUGACCCUCUCUCGGACGGCCUCUCAGGUGUUCUUCCUGUUCUACUUCGCUUUCUGGAGGGCGGCGUACGAUGUGGGACUUGGCUGGGUCCUCACGAAGCAGAGCAAGCGGAAAUGGAUUGUCAGAGAAGUCCAGCGGCUCGGGUGGCUUGACGAGAAGCGCAGGCCCGAAGUCAGGCAGUGGAUUAAGAAGCAGCUGGCAGGCAAGAUGGGCAAGGACUAUUCAUUCGAUGAACUUCCUCUGGAGUACAACACGUGGCUGCUAUACCGACAGCUCGUGGAUAUCAUCCUGCUUAACGACUUCCUCGCGUACUGCAUGUUCGCCUUCUCGUGCUUCCGAAUCCCCGAGGGGCUCUCGAUGACUGUGCACGUAAUGAGGUGGAUCGGCGGGAUCGCAUUGAUCGCAUUUAACCUUUGGGUGAAGACCGAGGCGCACAACGUCGUCAAGGAUUACGGCUGGUACUGGGGCGACGUCUUUUUCCAGCGCGGCGCGCUCGUCUUCGAUGGCGUCUUCGAGCUCGCUCCACACCCGAUGUACUCAGUCGGCUAUGCCGGUUAUUACGGCCUCUCGCUUAUCGUUGGAAGCUAUGCCGUCCUCUUCGUUAGUCUCGCAGGGCACGCCGCCCAGUUCGGAUUCCUCGUCUUCUUCGAAAACCCUCAUAUCGAACGCACAUAUGGUCAGCGCAAGCCUCUUGCGCAGCGGUCCCCUUUACUGCCGAAAGCCUCUCGCAAGCUGGAAGACGCCCCGGAAACUCGUGCGCGGCAGUCAUCGGUCUCCUCUGUCGCAUCCACAGAGUCUCCUACGCCCGCCGUUACCGAAGGAGAUACCGCCACGGAGUCCGAGGAGGUGUACACCGAGACCGAGACCGAGCAGGAACUCGACCGCGCGUCCAGUAUUAAGUCGAAACGCAACAGCCUCGGUCUCUCCGUUUCCUCCAGGGAGGACAUUCCCCGGAAGCACGUGAAGCGCGUACAAGCGAUGUCGACGCACGAUCUCUUCCACCGCUACUUCCGGCAGGACACCGUCUUCUUGAACAACAUCGACCUCUUCCGCUCGUCGGACUUCCAGCUUGUGCUCGUGAUGGCGUACGCAGCCACGCUCGUCUUCGUGCCCUCCCUCUCCUCUUCGGGCGGCGCGCUGGCACUGCACGGCGUUCACGCGCUCGUCUGGUGCCUCUUCCAUUCGUUCGGGCUCGGGCUCGUCCUCCGCGCUCAGUCACAGAGCAAGUUCCUCGUCCGGCACUACCUCAAGCACUAUCAUUACCCGCAGGGUGAUCGCGGCGAAGGCGCGGUGCAGGAGGCGUUCCGGAACUGGAAGGCGAUUUACAACCUGAGCAUGACGAUGACGUAUGUGUCGUUCGUCGGAUUGGCGUGGAAGACGUACACGGUUCCUCAACAGUGGACUGCCGGGAAUGAGCUCCUGCGCCACACGCUCGGUGUCAUCAUGAUCGGGCUGCACAUCUGGUCUACGCUGGAGUCCUACGAGGUGCUCGGGUUGUUUGGCUGGUUCUUUGGAGACUUCUUCAUCGAGGACUUCCCCUCGCACCUCGAGUACACUGGAAUCUACCGCUACUUGAACAACCCGGAGGUUAUCAGUGGAGCCGCAUUCUUCGGCCUCGCGCUGAUUAGCGGAAGCAAGCUCGUGUUCGCGCUCGCCGUCGUCCGCCUCCUCUCGCAGUGGUGGUUCCUUAGCAAGGUCGAGAACCCGCACAUGCGGAAGCUCUACGGCGAUUCGAUCCGGAGCGACGCAGGCUUCGUGAAGGUGAUCAAGAAGGUCGCACAGAAGAACGCGCGCCUGCUCGAAUCCCGCGCAGGCCGGCACGCGCCGGAGAUCAAGCGCGUUGCACGCGAGGUCAAGGGCACGUUCGACAAGGUAUAUGAAGAAACGGCCGAGGUCGUUGAGGAGUUCCUCGCAAAGUCACGGCCGAAGAUUUCGGGCGUGAUGCAGGACACGAAGGUGAUGCUGCAACAGUCGCGCGAGCGGCUCGUCAUCUCGCGCGUCGCCAGUGACCUCUCUGCAUACGACACGAAGAAGUACAACGUCUCGCUCGUCCCCAGUGCGGACGGCACGGACCGCUUCCACCUCGGCGAGCCCAUCCGCGUGAAGUGGCGCGCACCCCUUCGCCACUCGCGCAAAGACUGGAUCGGCAUCUACCGCGUCGGCGCGAACCAGUCGAACCUCGUCACGAAGACGUCUUCGCUAGGGAUGUGGGUGCCCGUGCACGAUGACGAAUGGGACGGCGACAUCCCGUUGAGUCUGCACGCGCCGAAGACGGCAGAGCCCGGGUCGCCCACCGUCGAGGAGGGCGAGGUCGUGUUCCGCAGCGGUACGAUCCCCUGGCGCACGGGUCGCUACGAGGUGCGCUACCACCAUGACGGCAAGUACAACGUCAUGGGCCUCGAUGGGCCGUUUGAGGUCGUCGUGGACCGGCCAAGCAAGCUCAAUUUCGCGAGCGUGCGCGAGACGCUCAUGCACAUCGUCCCGCUCUGUCUCGACAUGGACCCCUCGCUCAUCCCCCAAUCUUGCAAACCCCAAGACGCGCACACGAACAACGGCCCAGCGGAGGACGAGGAGCGCGCGGCCGAGGCCGAGACGGAUGGGCGCGACCCGGACGACUUCCGCUUCUGGUCAGAGCGGCAGGCCAAGCGGAUCUCGCUUGCGGUCGAGCAGGCGUUUGACGUCGAGCUCACGCCCGAGCUGAUCGUCGCGGACGCGAACCUCUCCGCGCUCGCACAUCGCAUCCUCGUCUCGAAGGAGCUCCUCUCCGACUGAGACCUACGACUAACGAUACGCACGAACACACGACUCACGGCUUUCACAAUCCUCUCGCGGGGUAGAGCGUAGAGCGGGGCGCUGCACGCGGCGUCCUGCAUUUUAGAUAUUAUAGGCAAUACGGAGGGGAUAUACCCAGCCCCGGGCGGGCGCGUGUAGUGUAUCGUCGCCGACUCCCACCUAUUGGAAAGUAGCGUAGAUAUGGCUCGCACGUAAUGGAGAUAGUACAUUCGUACAGAUGCC